AUGGCAUUAGAAAAAGUUCGGUUGCGCGGCUCAGGGCUACGUCUAGGCGCCAUUCAGGGUCUGCUGUUCGUCUGUUUGGCAGCGACAUUUGGCCAGCAGCAGGCCGAGAGUGCCUUCAGUCAACAGGAGCUGCUCACUUGGCUGCAGCAGAGCAACUUUGGUUAUCAGGUGUUGCAGCAGGCGAACAAGUCCAGCGAUGAGCUGCUCUGUGCCACACAGGUGUCCUACCUGCUGCAGGCAGCCGAGCAGCGAGUUUUGCCAGCCGUGCGAGUGCUCGAUGCCUGGGGCAAAUUUCCACAUGGCCUGCUCUAUGGCCAUUUCAGUGAUCUCGGCAACUACGAGUCCUGCUUGAGCCCGAGCCUCAGCCAGAGUCUGAGCAGCUCAACUGCCGCCCUAGCUGAGACCAAAUACUGCUUGGCCCACAUACAAUUCGCAACGCUCUUGACAGAUUCCGAGGACACUUUGAGCAUUAGCAUUGGCACCUGUAUGCCAGCUGCUUGCAGCGCCACCCAGCUCAAUCGCUGGCUCAACAACUAUCUGCAGCUGAUCUUCGAGGCUGCAGGUGCGCCGCAGCUGCAAUUGGUGCAGGAAUCCAACUGCGCCCUGGCCGCCAGAGAUCCAAUGUCCGCUCUCGAUUGGUUCGCCAUUGUUUUGCUCAUCAUUUUGGCCCUGCUCGUCAUGCUGUGCACCUUAUUGGACUACUUCAAAGGUUCACAAAUGCUAGUGGCUGCAUUUUCGUUGCGCCAGAAUCUGCGACAGCUGAUGAAGGUGUCGAGGCCGAGCAUUGUUGGGCCUCAUAUAAUACCCUGUUUGCAUGGCAUACGCUGUCUGACCAUCAUUUGGAUAAUUUGGGGCCACGACUAUAUGUUUCUGCUGUUGGCGCCCAAUGUGAACAGCUACGAGGUCGCCGAAUGGGCACAAACCCCAUUCUCGAUGAUUUUGCAGAGCGGCACAAUAGCUGUGGAUACCUUCUUUUUGCUCAGCGGCUUGCUGCUCGUGAUGUCCGCGCUACGCGAGCUGGAACGUCGAUCGGGCCACCUGAAUGUGCCGCUUAUGUACCUGCAUCGCAUCGUGCGCCUCACGCCUGUUCUGGCCAUCGCUGUGCUCUUCUUGAUGACUCUGUUUCCUCGCCUGGACAGCGGACCUCUCUGGCAGCAAUUCACCAGCUCCGCAGAGCUGUGCUACGAUACCUGGUGGGCUACGCUGCUCUACGUCCAGAAUUAUGCUGCAGCAGGUCGCAUGUGUUUGGGUCACGCCUGGUAUCUAGCCGUGGACAUGCAGCUCUUUCUGCUCUCCCCUCUGCUCCUCUGGCCGCUCUAUCGCUGGCAUCGGCGGGCUGUGGCUGGAAUCGUGUUGCUGAUCGUGUUGCUCUUCAGCUGCGUCUUCAGCAUCAUAAUGGAGCACAAGCUGAGCGUCUUCAGUCGUAAUGGGAAUCUGGGCGAGGAUAGCAUUGAGAUGCGCAUGAUCUACUACACGACGCAUGCUCGUGCCACGCCCUGGCUGAUUGGCCUGCUCUUUGGCUACUUUCUGCACAGUGAGCAGGGCCGCAGGCAUCGGCUCUCCAAGUGGCUGAUGCUGUUGCUCUGGCUGCUGGCGCUGCUCUUCAUCGCGACGGUCAUCUGGAGCGUUUAUCCGUAUACGCGGCCAGAGGCGACGGAUAUAUCGCCCUUGGCUGGGGCUUUCUAUUUGUGCUGCAGUCGCAUUGCUUGGCCGCUGGCCAUCUGCUGGCUCAUCUGGGCGUGUCAGAGUGGGCGUGGCGGCGUGGUCAACACACUGCUCAGCUGGUCAUUUUGGCAGCCGAUAUCGAAGCUCUCCUAUUGCCUCUACAUCUGGCAUCUGCUGGUCGAGAUGGCCAACACGGGUCGCAUCAAGAGCAGUCAACAUUUCUCCAACUAUGAUGCAAUUCUGCACUUUUGGUCAGACUUUGGCAUCACGCUGCUCGUCUCUUUGCUCAUGUAUCUCUUUGUGGAGACGCCUUUUGUUCAAGUUGAGCUGCAUUUGAUACGUUCGCUUCGAACACGUGCCACGCCCACAGCGCCCAAGCCCCAUCCGGUUACGCCCACCGUCUCGCUGGCUGUAAUCACAACGCCCACGAGCAUCUCACAGCAAAAUCUAGUCGAAGCUUAGUCCAAUGACACCCAAAUAGCGCCAAAUCUUUGUUAUUUCAAUUGCUCUCGCAUAUAUACACAUAUAUAUAUACAUCUA